UCAAGAUCUGGCAUUUGGUCCUGGAAAGCCAGACAGAUCUUCACAUGAGCGUCUUCUUGUCUUGUCUUUAUGAAUUUACCUGCAAUGCUGCCACACAUGAAUGACGGCUGCUAAAAACAACCUCCUGCAGACUCCUGGUCACACUUCUGAGAAAUGAUGGAGAACUGAUUCAUACCAGACAACAUUCGUACGAAUUCAGCCUGGCAGCGAUGCAGCUUGGUCAUCAGCACAUCCCUCUAGAUCCCUCCCCAGGCUGAGACUGCUUUUCUCAGGAAACAACACCCAAUCCUUCUGGACACCAUCCAGCCCGUGUUGGCCAACUUCAAUCCUAAGCGAGGAAUGGAGCAGGCCUUUCAGCCACAGACACCACCCAGUGGGAGUUGCAGUUCACCUGGACUUGCUGGUAAAUCCUGCUGGAACUUGGAUUUGAGGGUGGUAAUACUUCUGGUGACUUUGGCAGGAGCCAUAAUCCUGCUGCUGCUGUACAAACUCUUACAGAUGAGACACAGGCUGAACCUCGCCAGGGCGAGACAUGCUUUGGAGUACAACAGCUUCUACCAUAGAGCCACCUAUAAACUAAUGCAGCCCACACCUUGUCAGGACCCACCGUCCAAAAAUGGAACCAUCCCUGAGGAAAAUCCUCCGAUUCAAACCGUAACUGCAGUGACGCCUGUGGUCAUCACUUCAGUGCUACCCCCACCUGUUCCCCCUCCACUUACUCUCCCUCCACCUCCUGCCCUACCAUCCCCACCUUCUCCCCCUCCAGCAACUCGUGUCCUAUCGUUUCCUCUCCCACUGCCUGUAAUCCACACCACCCCGCCCAGCCCACACUUGUCAUGGGGUGCCUGCUCAGAUGCAGAUGUUUACUCUCGGAUUGGAGCUUUCAGGCCAUCCAGGUUGUCGAGCCUCUCUAGUCAAUCAACGGUCAUCCUCUUUGAACACUCGGCUCUCUGAGUUCUGGCACAGAAGAUGGAUGGUGGACUCUGUGAUAGAAAGUUAGAUGCUCUGCUUAAAUACUCUAUACAGUACUUGGAAAUGAACCAGGUGAGACCGAAAAGACCACAGUCAAACUUUGUCUCAAAACCUCAAACCUAUUCUGAAAUCUGUUUAUUUAAAUCUUCAUUGGCGAAUAAGAUGGCUGCACCCUUUUUGUGUUUAAUCUCAAGAAUGUAUUCUUGGACAUCCAUCAUCUCCAAUUCUUGGACAUGCCCAGCGCAUAAGCCUCUGACUCCUGUUCCCGAAGGGGUCCCAGGUUGGGACAGUCCUCCUCCGCUGAUACAUUAUUUAGGGCUUAGAUCGUCAACUGUGAGUACCCAUUUGUCUAGAAACCCUGCUGGUUUUUGAUCUCCCUUUGCUCUCGGUUCUUGCUGGAAGUCUUACUUCGACAUGUUGACUCAUGUUGACACGACUGCAUGGCAUCACCUCUGCAACUCUAUCAGCUGCACAUUCAUGGACCAUGGAUCUCCUGUUCUGAAACCAAACCAAAAAAUCCUCUUCAGCAUUCAGAUCUGGUGCCUUGGGAGACCACUGAAGUUCAUAAGACUUAAUGUCAAAGUCAUGGAACUAGCUUUAGAUCUGUGCUUUCACUGAUGUGUUGAGUCCAUGUUUGCUUACCUAAACCAGCCAUCUGGAGCAUUUGUAAAAGAAAAUACAUAAAAGAAUAAAUAAUUAAUGCAAACUUAAAGACCCAUUUCUUCUGUGCUAGCCCACUUUCUGACCAGUCUACUGUAAUAUAUUUGUGUCCUCUGAUCCCUUUAACUAUACCAGUAAGAUGUUUAUGUUCUCAGAAA